GGCCUCCUUCCUCGGUUGCCAGGAUGAACACUCGCCAAGUCAUCGAUGAGUCGGUGGGGCCGUACUCACUGUCGGCCUCAUUCAACAACGACAACACAUGUUUCGCCGUAGGCCUGGACACCGGCUUUUGUGUCUUCAAAACCGAUCCAUGUGAGCUUACAGUUUCAAGAGAUUUCAACGCCGGAAUUGGUCUGGUGACCAUGCUCGGCCAGUCGAAAUACCUCGCGAUCACCGGCGGAGGAAGACAGCCGAAGUUCCCUCAGAACAAGCUGGUGAUCUGGGACGACGCGAAGCAGAAAGCCGCCAUCACCCUCGAAUUCCGCACCUCGGUCUUGGGCGUCCGCCUGUCCAAGUCGCACAUAGUCGUCGCGCUGCUGAACAGUGUCCAUAUCUUUGCCUUCUCGAUCCCUCCGCGGAAGCUCUCGGUCUUUGAAACAGUGGACAACCCUCUGGGUCUGGUUUGCCUGGGGGAGAAGCUACUUGCUUUUCCCGGCCGAUCUCUCGGGCAAGUCCAGCUGGUCGAGCUUGAGACCGGGAACGUGAGCAUCAUCCCAGCACACGCGCACCCGCUGCGGGCCAUGACUCUGAGCUCGGAUGGCGCGCUUCUGGCCACGGCGAGCAAGAGGGGCACUAUGGUCCGGAUUUAUUCUACUAGUAACUGCACGAGGAUAACCGAGGUACGCCGGGGUCUUGAUGAAGCAGAUGUAUUUUCGAUUGCUAUAUCACCUUCCAAUACGCUGUUCGCCGUGACGUCCGAUAAAUCGACCCUGCAUGUCUUUCCAGUGCCCAAAACUGAAUCAAAGUGGGGUCUCUUGUCAAAGGUUCCCAUGCUCCCUGGAUUCUUCUCUGACAUAUAUUCAUCUGCCACUGCACAAUUUGAGAUAGGCAACGAACAGUCAUCCGAGUCAGCCUAUAACCCUCCACCCCUGGGGAAUUCACUUGGGAAACCGUCCAAAGGGAACAUCGGCUGGCUCAAUGAUAGGACCAUCCUCGUGAUUGGCUCGGGUAGGGAUGGGCGAUGGGAGAAAUUUGUCCUUCACGAAGGCGAUGACGGCAGACUCUAUUGUAACAGAACGGGCUGGAAGAGGUACCUAGGAGGGGGCUAAGGGGAAUGUGUCCGUCCGGUUUGCUGAGAGCUCCAUCAUCAACGACAUUCGUGGUCUAGUCUUUUUGUGGUGUGGCGAUACAGUCACCAUCUCCGUUGCAGGCAACACCCACACUGCAGAAAAUCCUCAAGGAUCGAUACAACAAUGCGUUUGCGGAUUGGAUAUCGUAUGGCGGAUCAACUGAUUUUGCUGAUGGAGCUCAUGCCGAGUCACAGAAGUUGGCUAUCGAGGGGCGAGCGCAGUGCUCCUGGAACUUGCUCCUGGCACUUGCUUGGUGGCGUCUUGAUUGCUUUGGAUAGAGGCUUGACCUUUUUGAGUAGCAUAAUUUAUAAUUAGACAGCC